AUACAUUACAUCACUGGUGCAGACGGGAACGUAAGGAAGCCACUGUACCAUUUCUCAGCACCGGCACCAUGCAGCGAGGCGGCGUGACAGGCGAGGCGCUGCGGUGCUUCCUGCAUACACCACCGCCACACUCAAGGACGUAAAUGGAGUGAGACAGACAGACAGAAUUGCUUAAUAACAGGACGUAUGAAUGGAACACUCUGGGAUGCCGCCAUCACAACACUGCUUGUCGCGCAGUAUCCUCAUCCGCUACCAGCCCGCCGUGAGAACAAGGAAAUGCUUGUGACAGCAUAUCAAGGGGCGCCUCUCACUGAUGGGAACACUUGGGAGUUUUCAAGCGUAAGUGACAAGAGCAAGCAGUCCUGUGAGUGCGGCGCGGUGGGGCUGCUCCCAGAACGCGCUGAUGUUGGUGUUGGCGCUGCAUUACCAUUCAGUGCAUCACGCCGCGCCUUGCCCUCAGCAUGCCGAACGUGCAUCUGUCUCUGCCGUCCUACCACUGUGCCACUGGCACUUGGAGGCGUUCUUGCUGACGCUAUCAAGGAGACUGCCGUGACCACGUCACACACCAACGAAUAAAUGAACGCUUAAAUAGAUGAAUAAUUAAAUAAUAAUGGAAUACUGUAAAUUAAUAGUUUGACUAUCAGAUUACAGGAAUAAAGAGUAUUUUGCGAGACCAUUUAGUACACACACA